UGAAAAAAGUGGCAAAGGGGGAAAGACGUGGCAUCAGGAUCAUGCUCCUCUGGAACACUCCUAGUAUAUGAAUAAGUCCAAGAACCUUCUCCUUUUUGGACAUGUAAAUCCUUUCUGCUGACGUGACACCACCUCCCAGAAACUCUUAGACCCUUCUCCAACUGUCCUCACCCAUUUUCCUCAGCUCCAGCUCUCCCUUUAAAUCACCUUCCAACUACAACAAUCGAAAAUAAUAAAACCCAUCUUUCUUCGACUGAAUUUCUUGCGAGCUUGAGCAACAGCAAGUUACUAAGAAUGACUUUGGCACGUCUGGCUUUGAGGAACUUGUCUCAAAGGCUUAGCUCCUCAACUUCUUGUGUCACUAAGAGGAGUGGCGUUGAUAUGCAAAGGCAAAAGUGGAAUGAUGAGUUGUUGAAGAGGUUUAUGGCAACGGCUGGUGAAACUUCUGACGGUAAAGAAAUUGCUGUAAACGACGGCAACAAGAAGUCUAAACUUUUUCCUCGGAAGAAAGGCAGGAGAGGCCUCUGGAGGAGCAAUGGCCGAGAAUUUGUUCCUCAGCUCUAUGAGUUCUUCCCCUCAGGGUUAGGAAAUGCACUGUUGCAAGCAACAGACAACAUCAACAGGCUGUUCGAAAAUCUGAACCUAUCACCUACAAACCUCAUGGGCCGCUUCAAAGAGAAAGAUGAAUGCUACAAACUGAGAUACGAGGUUCCUGGUCUGUCGAAAGAGGAAUUGAAGAUCACCAUUGACGAUGGGGUCCUGACUAUAAAGGGAGAGCACAAGGAAGAAGAGGAAGAAGGAUCUGACGACGAGCACUGGUCAAUGAGGAGCUAUGGAUACUACAACACCAGUGUGUUGUUGCCUGAUGAUGCUAAAGCUGAUGAUAUUAAGGCUGAGUUGAAGAAUGGGGUUCUUCAUAUUACCAUUCCAAGGACUGAACAGCCUAAAAAGGAUUUGAAGGAGGUCCAAAUCCAUUGAUUUCUGCUUCUCUGCAUGUGCUCUGUCUAAUUAAAGCUUGUUUUCUCUUUUCUCUCUUGUCGUUUUGAGGUCAUAUGCUUGCCGUUUUCACAGAUUUAGGCUGUGUGACUGAAUAAACUUUGAGUUUUCUUGUAGAA